AUGGGCGCUUUUUCCUGCUGCUGUCUUUCCGGCGAACACCCCUUGGUGCUCGUCAGUCUGCCAGAGCUUGUUUACAUGCGCGCGCUAUCUGGUGGUGGUGAAAAUGUGCCACGAACGCGGUGCCCGCGGCCUCAUCUUUUCGUUCUUUCUCACUCGGGUUCCGCAGUUGAUAUGAGUGACAUUUAUAUGUUUGUCGGAGGCUGGUUUGUUGUCUGCGGAGCUCCGUCAUGGCGUCUGCAUGUAGAUAGUUUUGGGUCAGGUCUGCUAAUCCUGGCAAGUAGUUUCAUGGGGCGCCGGGGCUCUAAACAGCUUACCUGUUCCUCAGCGCUAUUGCGCUCGCUACAGCUCUGCUUGGAAAAAAUAUUUUACAGCUUGGCCUCCGCUUGUGGAAGGUCGGCGAUUCGCGCCUGCUCUGCUCUGCUAGCCGCGCGUUACUCUUCAAGUUCGUGUGGGCUCCUGGUGCUGCGAUCACCGUCGGGAGUGUAA